AUGUCUGAACAAUCAUCAUCAUCACCACCACCAGCCCCAACACCACCGCAGCAACAACACUCUGAACAUCAAGAACAAUCACAAAGUCCACAUAGUGAAAUAGAUAAUGAAUCCACACAGAAUAAUUCACCAUCAAUAAUAACUAUAAAUCAAGAUCAACGUGAAACAUAUACUAGAGAACGACGUCAUGAUCGUAAUGUUUCAUUUCGUCAUAGACGACAUCAAGAUUUAUCACCACGUUUUGAAGAUGAUCGUAAUAUUAUUUAUUUGAAUGAUCCAAAUACUAGAUAUUAUCGUUCACAUAAUCAAUUAAGUGAUUCAUCAGGAUUUUGGUUUCAACGUAGUGCUAGUGCAAGAAAUAUCCGUUUGAGAUCAGGAGUAAGCCAUAAUCAUUUACAUCAGCUCAACUUACAUGUUGAUGAUAGAUUAACAAAUCAAAUUCGUCGAUCAUUUCAAGAUAGAAGUAAUGGCUUAAGUCAGGAUACAUUAAUUGAACGACAAAAUGUAGUUUUGGUUCCAAUGUAUGGAUUACUUCGUCCUCGACGAUCAAGAAAUAGAUCACAUAGAUUAUCAGCAGAUCUAGAAAAUCCACAACGUCGUCAAAUAGAACUAGAUGUUUCUGGUUUUCGAAAUUUAAACAAUUCACUUUCAUCCCCAUUGAACGAAGAUACUGUAGAUCGACCUAUUAUUUUCACUAAUCCUACUGGUAGAAAUCCUCAUCCACAAUCAUUAUCUAAUAAUACAGCACAAACACUAUCUCUACGUUCACCAAAUGAAGAUAAUAGUGAACGUGCUUUACAAACUGGUCGAUCUCAACCACGAAUAAGUUCCGUCCAACCAUCCAGAGUUACACAAUCUGUUCAAACAAGAGGUUUAUAUCAAGGUCAAUUAAGACGUCCUCAAAAUGAUAUACCUCUACAGCGUCAUAUAGAUGCAAAUCUUUGUGUAAAUGAUCCAUCUGUUAUGAAUAUUACUUCCAACACAAAUCAUCUAAACGGAAUGCAACGGUAUGAAAGUGGAGUGCCGAACAGAAGUUGUAAUAAUAACAUCAGUAGUAGUAAUCUUAAUGCACAAACAAAUGAAACACUUGCAUCGUACAACUCACCUAAUAAUAGUAGAGACCGAGAAAUCUAUGUGUUACGUAAUAAUCAGUCAUCAAUUCAACCUCCUCAAUUGUCUAGUAUUGAUAAUGCUAGUAUGACUACUAGUAUAAGUGAUGCUAGUAGUAUUGAAGAUUUGCAUGUAACAGAAAUUGUAGCUAAUAGUCAUAAUGAAUCAGUAAUACAUCGUCCUAGAUUAUAUGAAACAAAUAAUUCAGAUACUGAAAAAAUUGUGAAUAGACAAGAAGUUAAAUAUACAGAGAAGAGAACAGAUCCAAAUGAUUGGAGGGCUAAUUUAUUUGGUAGUCGUCAAUUAUGGCGUCAGAUGCUUAUAACAGAAAGAUUUGCUGAUGUAUGGUUUAUUGUUGGUGGUGAAGAUAUAUUAGGUAAUAAUAGUACACUUAGUUUAUAUUCAAAUGAUUCUAGUGCACCUGGUGGUCCAACAAGUCAAUUAAAUUGUUGUACUAAUAAACAAUUAUUAAAUGUUGCACAACGUACUACUCAUUGUUCAAAUGGGAUGAAUAAAUCCCGCCCAAUAUACAACACUAAUGAUAGUAAUAAUGGUAAUGGUAAUGGUAAUAGUAAUAAUACUAAUCCUCCUACUACAAUUACCAUUUCUACUCGUCCUAUUACUACUACUACUAAUAAUAAUAGUAAUAGUAAUCAUAAUGAUAGUAACCAUGUAUUGAAUACUUCAUUGGAUCUAUUACAUUCAAGAUGUAUCGAUUCAGAUCAAGAGAAUACCAUUGAUGAUGCAACUGAUUUAAAUUCGGAUGGUGAACAACCACCAUCUUGUCGUUCAGAUCAUAAUAAUAAUACAGAUAAUAAUAAUACACUAAUGAUUCAACAUAAAGAUAAUAAAAAUCAGUUUAAAUACAAUUCACCUAAUACUAAUCCCAUGGAUACAGGGAAAGGGAAUCUUAUUGGAUCAUUGAAUGGAAUAAAUGAUAAAGAACCAAUAGUAUGGCGUUUUGCUGCACAUCGUUUAAUAUUAGCUGCAGCAUCACCAGUAUUUGAAGCAAUGUUUUAUGGACCAAUGGCUGAUUGUGAUAAUAAAAAUUUAGAAAAUCGUCGAGAAUAUCAUAUACCAGAUAUACAUCCAAAGGCAUUUCAAAUUAUGUUAUCUUAUAUCUACAGUGAUGAAUUAUUAGUUGAGAAUGAUAUAAAUUUAUUAUUCUAUGUAUUAUAUGCAACCAAAAAGUAUAUACUACCACGUUUAACACAAAUAUGUGUUGAAUAUUUAAAAGAUUUAAUUACAGCUGAAAAUGUUUGUAUGAUGCUUGAUCGAAGUAUAUUCUUUGAUGAAGAUGAUCUAACUCGUCGAUGUUGGCAUGUAAUCGAUGUUUUGGCACCAGAUGUAUUAGUUUCACAAGGUUUAUUAACAUUAAAUUCAAACUGUGUUCAUGAUUUAGUUAGUCGGAAUACAUUAAAUUGUCAAGAAUCUGAAGUAUUUGCAGCUGUUGGACGUUGGGCUGGAGCUGAAUGUAAUCGUUUAGGUAUAAGAGAUGUUGUAUCUAAUAGAGUACAGGUUGCAGCAAAUAUAUUACCAUUAAUUAGAUUUCCAACAAUGACAUUAAGUGAUUUUGCUGAAAAUGUUGCUUAUUCAGGUUAUUUAUCAUUAGAAAUGGUACGGGAUUUGUUCGUAUACAUUACAACUAAUAAAUUGAAUGCUCAAAAGAAAGAUAUCAGGUCACCAACACGUCGUUCCAAUUCAUUAGCAAUUAAAAAAAAUGAUCAUUCUAAUGAAUUCACAGACAAUGAUACAACAACAUUAUCAAAUCCAUCACCUAUAUCUAAUUCAAUCUAUUUAACAAAUCAAUCAUCAUUACCAGAUUCUGGACCAUUUCCACGUGAACCAAGAAUAGGACCUAAACUAUGGAGAUGUUGUCGAUUUAAAAGGAUUCGUAAAGAUUUAUUAUCAUUAACUGCUUCUAAUAAUCAUCGGCAUACAAUUAGUUUUUCGGUAUCUGCAUCUAUAUUUAUUGCUGGUGUUGGAAUUUAUGGUUCAACACAAGUUGGUGAUAUUCGUACAGUUCAUGUUGAAUUGAAAACAGGCAAUGGAAGUGCACCUCCACCAUCAUCAUCAGCUAAUGUACCAUCAAGUGGAAAUCCCUUAUCAGAUCGAAUGUAUCUUUCACAAGCAUCAAGAAGUACAAGUGAUCUAACUAAUUUAAAUACAUCUACACGUUUACUUCAUAAUCAUAAUAAUCGUGGAGGAUAUUUAAAUAUUUGGGAUAUUACAGGAUUAUCAAGAUUAGAUGAAGGUGAUUCACCUAGUACUCCAAUCAAUUCUUCAAAUCAUUUAAAUAAAAAAUCAUCAACAAAAUGUCUUGCCAGUAAACAAAUUUCAUUAAGAUCUGAUGGAACUAAUCGUGUCUAUGAUAUAAGAUUUGGAUGUCCAGUAAAGUUGGUUAAAAAUCGAAGAUACUAUUUAAGUUUGAGCACAUCAAAUUCUGAUCAUAAUCCAGCAUCAAUGUCUACAUCUUCAACAGCAAUUAAUUCAUCAACAUCAUAUAUUGGUUUCUAUGGUGGAACAGAAAUUCUAAUUCAUUGUCCAUCAGAAGAAACAUUAAAUAAACAAGAUAGCGAAACAAUAACAAACAACAACAACAACAACAACAAGAAAUCCUCCUCAUCAACAUUAUCUAACAUUAGAAACAAAAAACGAUCAGUAACAAAUAAAUUAGAUUUUGUAACCAAUUACAAUGAUAACUCACAUUUAUUAGGUAAUAGUAAUGAAACAGUUAUAUUCAAUUUUCAUGAUAGUUGGGAUGGUCUAGAAAAUGGGAGUGUUGAUAGAGGAUUAAUACCGGAUUUAUUAUUUUAUACUUGUUUUUAA